AUAUAAAGCUAAAAUAGUGUUGGGAAGUUGUAUAGAACAAGUGAGAAGAUCAGCUAGUCUAUUCACGUGCUCGCUAUCACAUCACUUUUCGGUUUGAGAUUCACUGCAACGAAGAAACUUGAAAUCAAAAAUGGCGAACUAAGCAUCGUAAAACGACAUAGUUAUAUACAUCUAUUUGAACAAAACGGACUUUACGAAAAUGGAAUGGCAAGUUUGGAUUAGUUUUGUCUUAUUAUCUUUGGUGGAAAUAUAUGCAAAUAAAAAAGUCACCAAUGAUUGCACCCACAGUGGGUUUAUUAGAAACGUCAAUUUGGAAGGCGGUGGACAAACCAAUAACUACACUAUUAUCAAAGGUGUACAUUCCAUGAAAGACUGCGUGGCGAAAUGUUGCCAUAUAAAACAGUGCGAUCUGGCGAUGAUGAAGAAGAAAAAAUGUUACGGUGUCACUUGUGAUCGGGAUGAGUCAUGCCGUAUCACUCACUCAAAGAUAGCAACAAAAAAUGAUGCAGAAAUUGCGUUUAUAACCAAGCCGUCAAGCGACAGAGAAGUCGAGCAGCCGUCGCCAAGACCGAAAGUUGCAGCGAAACAUUUCCAUAGACUAAAUCACAAUCCAGAAAUCAACUUUGAGAAAAAACAUGAAACGGAAAAACAAACUGAAGAUGAAGAGGACCGCCCGGUGGGAAACCUACAACAAACUGAAUCAUCAAGCACUUUAAAAAAUAAAGAAAACAAGGCAAAUACUGAAGUAGAAUCAAUUGGUGCUGUUCUUGAGUUAGAUGGAAAUAAUAAAGACUUCAAACAAGAAUCUAACUCGACAACAGAUGUCAAGGAAACAAGAAAAAAUAAUAGUUUUAAUAAAAGUGAUUCAAAUAGAAACAAUUUUACCACAAUUGGCAAAAACAGCAAAGUGAAUGCUGAGAAUGCCAGUAAUGCAAACAUUGCCAAAACAACUCCAAUAGUUCAAAAUCAAACUCAGACUGUUAUGUAUAUUCCUCAAUUACCUCUUGUUGCAAAUCCAAACGAACUACCAGAUAAUCAAAAUGUUCCAUAUUAUCAAUGGGCUCUUGUUAACUCACAGUAUCAGUUACCAGGAAUUAAUGCCAUAAAUAACGAUGUUGAAGGUUCCCAAAAGAGUAAUGAUGCAACUAACAGUACUACUGCAAGCAGUUCACAAACUGCCAAUUCAAAUACGCAACAAAAGAUACCAUAUUUUUAUUAUUAUCCAAAUAUUAAUCCAAUUGCCUUGAAUCAAACAAAAAACGAAACAGUUGGCAAAGAGAGUUCAUUGUUUACACCAACGGAGAAGCAGCCGACAAAGGAUACAUUCGUAACAGAAAUUGCAGGAGAAUUGUCUGAUAGCCCCUACAAGGAUGACAAUACGGACGACUUAGGAUCUGGCGCAGACGUACGCAUAUCCCAAGAUGGUUCCAUUAUUGCCAGUGUAGACAAAGAGAAAAAUUCAUCAGUAAAAUAUGAAGCAAAUGCAACAUCACAAGUAGUCUCACCAGAAGGUACAAACAAAUUUAACGAGCAAGAGUUACCAACAAAGUAUUUCGACAAUAACUCAAAUGAAACUAUACCUGUGGCAAAUACUAGUGCAGUAAAAGACCAAAACAACAACGAAACAAUGGAAAGUAACAAUCUGUUUAACGCAAAUGAUCAAAAGUCUAACCAUUCAGUUGCGAGUGAUGUUUCAAAAGAAUCAAACCUGAGCAGUACCGCAAAUGAUUUAAAUGCAAUCUCACAAAACGAAACAAUUUCUAAUGCAGUGACACAAGGAUAUAAUACAGCCACAAGCUACGACAAUGUGAGUAAUAUAUACAAUGAGUAUUUAAAUGGAUAUCAACAAGCUUUAUCUCAAACGCCGGACACCAAUAUUGAUCAAAUAGCUAUGGAAUUUAACACCAAUUCAAGUACGGAAAAUAGCGGAGUGGAAAAAUCAACUGAGAUUAAGUCAAAUUUUACAAAAACAAACGUGACAACUCCUUCCAAUAAUACGUUUGUCCCAUACUACAUGUACUAUCCUGGUCAAUCCUCCCCACAGCUUGUAAUGAACAUACCAGUAGCUGAGACAAAACCUCAUCCUAUUGUUCCAAAUCAACCUGGUGUUAGCGACACGCUCAGUGAAAAUGGUGAAAAAGUUGUUGACAACAAAAGUAAUGUUACAGCAACUGCAGAUGUCGCUUCAGAAGGUAAAAUGAACACUUAUGCAGAAAAUGAACAAAAAUUCAAAGACAUGUUUGGCACUAAUGCUACAAAAAUCAUUAAUGAUGCUUUUGAUCAAGGGAACAGCUCGUCAAAUAUAAUGAACACUGAUAAUCAAAACAUCAAUGCAAGUAAGGGUACUGCUCAAACAUGGAAUUUAUAUCCUUCUGCAUCAUCUAAACCAGACAAAAAUGUUGGUCUUAUAACAAACGAACUACAAUCAACACAAUUAGGCAAUGAACAAAGAAAUGGGGAUGAAGACGAUGACCAAAGGCAACCAGAAGAGGAAAAACAGAAAUAUCAGGAAGAAGAACAAGAAGGUGAAGAAGCCACAGAAUCGGGCGAUGACGAAGAACUUAAUACACCAAGCGAUGGAAACAUUAUGGUUAAUAAACAAUCCAGCGCACCUGUGAUGGUAAACAGUCAAUAUGGCAAGAUCCCAGCUAUUCCAAUGUAUCAACCCUUUUUGCUGUACUAUCCAGGAUAUAAUCUAACAAAUCCGAACGGAGUAAUAGCUAAACAGAACUCAACAACACAAGAAAUAUCUGAUGAUGAAAAGAAAGUUCAAGACGAAAUCCAAGGAUAUCAACCAGAUAAUGAAGAGGAAGAAAAUGAUGAUGAUGAAGAAGAAGAAGAAAAAGAAGAGAAGGAGGAAGAAGCUACAGCUUUAAAAAAUAUACACAAAGAAAAACAAAAAAUUAAAACGAAGGCAACGAAAAACGCAUUUAAUAAGAUUACUGACUCGUACAAUACCGCAGUAAUGGCUAAUAAAUCUGUACUAUAUUCAUACCAAUCACAAGGUAAAUUGAGCAAUAAGAAAGAAGCUAAGCACGAACGAGAAGGCGAAGGUGUUUCACGUUCGGAUACUAAUAAUUCGAAAGUGAAAUCUAAGCAACCUAACACAAUUGGUGGUAGCUUAUUUCCAAAAGUGAAAAAUAAUAAUGAUAAACCCAAAGCCAACGAAAUUAAAAAUGACAUGGUAUCAGGGUCAGGAGAAUCAGAAUCAGAAUCAGGUAGUGCACAGGAUGAAGUGAGUGAACACAGUGGUGAAAAUGAAAAAGACCCCUUAAAAUCAAUUCAAGCAGGAUAUGAAAGUUUCCGAAACGGUACAAGUGUGAAUAUCAGGGGGGAUGAUCAAGAUUCAUCUGUAACUGUAAUAGCCGCUGAAUUAGAAUCUGGAUCUGGGUCCGGAUCUGGUGAAGAUGAAGAGGAAGAAGAGAAUCAGUUGACAUCUGGAUUAGUAGAUAAAACAGAAACGAUUCGUGAUACAAAAGUGAACGCGCCAUUUCACCAGGAACUUGAAGAUGAUGUAUCUGUUGCAGUGUUUAAAAGUUCUGCAAAGUUUCCAUCACAUAAAACAAAGUUCUCAGGGAAAAAGAAGGAAGAGAUCAAUGUUAGUAAGAUCAAAAAAAGUGGAAAGAGGAAAACAAAAAAAAUUAAAGCAAAGCCUGUAUCGACGAAAAAACAGAGUUCAACAGAAGAAACUGAAGAAGAAGAGGAAGAACAAUCUGAAGAAGAUUCUGAAGGAAAAUUCAAUGAACCAUGGUAUGAAGAUAUGGUAAAUUCAAAUGAAGUAAACCAAGACAAACCAAAAACAAAAGAAAGCAGCUCAACAAGUUACAAAACAGGAUAUGUAAAUGGAUACAAUGUAACUGAAAAACAAAAGCAGUACUCAUAUUCAUCAGAAAGUAAUCAAAUGUCGCCGAACGGUUUAUAUGGAUACAACUACAAUACAUACAAUGGAAUGCCCUUUGUGCCAACAGAUCGACCAAAAAUGCUGAAACCAGCAUCAUCGUCGUGGAAUAACUUUCAAACAAAUCACCAAAACUCUAAAGCACCCCCGCAUGAAAAAUACUACUCAAAUAAAAAAGAAGAAGACACAGAAGAAGGCGAAAGGGAAGAUGAAAGCGGAGAUGGCGACUUACCAUCUGAUACUGACUUAGCACAAUCUACGAGAAGGUCUACUAUACCUUGGAAGAGCAAAAACUCAACAUUAAAAAACUCUCAUUACCAAAAUCUAACCACAACUCCCACCACUAAAGUAUCUAAGUCAGGAAAGAUAGACAAAAAACCAUCUAAAAAGAGUCUUUUACCUUUAUUAAACCAACCAAUGAAUAUGAUGCAGAACCCAUUCCAAAAUCAAUUUGAAGAAGAAAACAAUGAGAGAAUUUGGAGUGAAAAUUUUCCAGGGAAUGUAAUGCAAAGAGAAAGAACGCAUCACAAAAAACACGCUAUGGUUCCAAUUGGUCCGUUGGCAGAGGAUAGCGAUCAAUCUCCUGAAAUUCCAGUGCGUUUUCUGCCUUUUAUAAUGCCAGCUAAUCAGCAUAAAACGAAACAUAGACACAACCACGCGAGAAGGCAUGGUUUAAAAGGUAUCUUCCAUAAAGGUAAAAAGAAUCUUAUGAUCAACACAGGUAUCAAAGCAAGUAGCUUUUUGGGACAAAUGUUAACGGGAAAUGCUAUGAUACAAAAUGAUGAAGUUGAUUUAAAUCAGGACUUGACAAAAUUUGCAACUCAAAUGGCACUUACGAAUUCACAUCUUAAGCAUCAUACAAGACAUAAAGUUCAUAAAAAACAUAAUAAUAAAGUGCAUUAUCAAGACCCCCUUGCUUUUGGACUUCCACCACCUGAAUUAGAAAAUCGUCUUCCUUUCCCACAGCGUUGGAAGGAGAAUCAACAAUUUAUUGAUCCAGGUAAUCAUUAUAGCCAGGGUGAAAAUAUAGCAAUUGGACAAAUGGGACAAUUGGGACCAUCAAAUCAAGAAAAUGGAGUUUCCCAAGAGGCACAAGUAACUCAGGAAAACGAAGCUAAUUCAGAAGGCCAAAAUUUACAAGGAAAUGGCCGUCAGGAGAAUUUAGGUUUAGAAUAUUCAGGACUAGAAAAUCUAGGCAGUCAUGAAGGACCCAUGAAUACUCCAGAAGAGAUGUCACAAGAGGUUCCUCAGUUUAAUCAGCUGCCUAAGAAGUCAGAAGAUUUGCAGAUUCAAGGGAUGCCAUCAGUGGAGAAUCAACAGUUCAACAAUAGGUUUCCUCAAAAUAAUUAUGUUAAUUUUGGUCAAGAAAAUCGCCAGAUUCAGCGUAUAGCGGAGGAUCUAACCCCUGGUCCGAAUGAGAUGGUACCUAAGGCAGAGAAUGUGGGUUUAAAUGAAAUGAGAGAAGCCUCUUCUAUGCUAAUUCCGCAAGAACGUUUUGCACAAAGACAUGUUGAACAAUUAAGUAAUGGGGAAUUGAGAGAUCUUAACUCAAUGAAAAAAUUAAGCCCUCCGAGUUUAUCACCAAAUACACAAUUUAGAGCUAUGCCACCACAUGUCGUUCCAAUAAAUGGUCAAUUUAGGCCAUUUGUUAACUUUCACGAUUUUGGGCGUGAACAGCACCCUGUUUUGAAUGUUAAUCCCAGACUAAGACAAAGGCCUGCUCUCUUUACAAUGGGUGGAAAGAAGGAUAACUUAGUAAAACCAGAUACGAUUAAAGUGGACUCAAAAUCCAGUGAUAAUGGAAUUUUGGAAUCUGCAAAAUACUUUAUUAAUGAUCAACAAACGAAUGCGUUGAAGAUAAAUAUAACAGACAGUAGCGAAGAUGAAAAUAAAUUGGCAGAAAGUAAGGGUAAUCUUGGAAACGAGACAUCAAACACUACAGCGUUUCAAAACACAACGAAUAUAGGUAACGCCACUUCAAUGAAUUUCCCUGAAAAUACUACGUCGCCGGCACAAACAUUUGAAAAAGAAAAAAACCAUACAGUACAUAAACAAAUUCGACUAGUUGAACCAAUACAACAAUCCUUCUUACCAAUACAGGAACCUAUAAAACCCAUCACUUUUGCAGGUGAAUCAGAAAAAACAGUGCUAAAACCAUCCGAAGCCAUUUCAUUUAACGAACAACCAUUACAAGAACAAGCCAAGCUAAGAAGAAAGUCAGAUAAGCCUAUAGAGUCAAUAGAUGGAACAGCAAUGGCUGACAGCAGCAAAACAAAAAGUGUUUCAGCAUUAACUAAAGAGCCUAUAAAAGCGAUACAAGCUCCCAUUAAGUUGGAAAUUCCAACUAAAGUGGCUGCAAACUAUCAAUCUCUUACUAAUACAUCCAACAAUGUAGCAAAUAUGUCUAAAGGUAGUCAUAUAAGCUGGAAAACAGCAAAUGGAAAACAUGUAAAACCAGAUGAAGAAAAAGAUAAUGGCAACAGUUCUUCGACAACACAGGCGCCAAAGUCAUUUAGCGCUUCCCAAUUCGAUAUCGAAAAUAAGACUGCCGAAUCGUCAACCGAAAAAAAUAAAAACAAUGACGAAAGCGAAGUAUCUGCGCAAGAAAAACUAAACAGCAAUCACGAAGUGUCACUAAACUCGCAUUUAAAGAAGACCAAAGAGCAGCAAAAAGAAGAAAAUAGGAAGAAACUUGACGCUACUGUUAAAAAACUAAGCCAAGAAUUGAAGAAAACAGCAAAAGGAAAAGCGAAUGUACCUAACCAUCAAUUUUUCCAUGCUUUGAAAGAAGUCUUAAUUAACAAGCUAAAUGCAUUACACAGUAAGCCUGAUUCGAAGUCGCCUCACGACUCAGUAACUUCAGUAAGUCAUGUAACUACAGAACAAUCUUCUACAAAAGGAAAAACUGCGAAGAAGAAAACAAAGAAACCUAAAAUAUACCACAAACACGAGACUAAACAGUCAAAAAUCGUGAAAGACAACCCUAAUAAAGAUGCACAAUUACUUUUGGCAGAUGCAAAACCAAACAAAAAGAAAGAAAGAAAAGCGAAAGGCAAAUACAAAGAGAAAAAGAAGAAGAAGAAGAAACAAAAGAAUAAAACAAGCCAAGCGUUACAAUAUGCAUCACCUGAAGGAAAGAAGAAAGCCACACACAAAAAGGAAACUGAAAAUGUCCCAAGCAAACAUGGUAAAGCUAAGAAAAUGAGAAAAAAGGUUCACCAAGGGUUUGAAAUGGAAAGUGUACCCUCCAGUUUAUCAAAUGAUGAAAAUAUGCCUUUUAACAGUGAUGCUUCAUCACAGCUGAAUGCUCAAGAUGAUUAUGGUCAUGGACACCCCAUGGACGGACAUAGGUAUGGCUCCAGUGAAUAUCAAUCUGGACACAAGUGGGCAAAUCACGAUUUUAGUCCAAAGCAAGGCCAUUAUGGUAUGCAUAAUGAUACUGCGGAUAAUCACAGAAAUAAUGACAAAUGGGCGGAAAGAGAUCCUAAUGCUACAAAUACAAAGCAAACGCCAAAACAAUUUUUGAAUCAUUUGAGCGCAACACUUGUUUCAAUGCAAAAAGAGAAGGAAAUCACCAGCAAACUUAACCAGUUUAACUCUUUGGCCAGUUCGUUAACAAGUAAAUUGAACUACCUAAACAAUGGAAAAGGGUGGAGGCCAUCAGCAGAAAGUAGUUGGAGACCCUUCUUGAGAUAUCAAAAGCGAUUGGAGGGUAUAAAACAAGCCCGCCAAGAAAUUAUGGAACAUUAUUUACAUCCCGACCCGUCAUGCAAUCGUGGUUUAACUGUUCGUGGUGCAACGUUACGGGGUGGCAUUCUGUCAGGAGAGUUUCAUAGUAUGGGAGUGGUAGAUACACAGAAAUCAUGUGUUGAUUUGUGUUGCAGAAGUAAAAAAUGCGACGUGGCUAUGACAAUCGGUCGUGAAUGCAUCAAUAUUAAAUGUUUUAACAAGAAAAUGUGUACAAUUGCUCCUGCAGGAAAUUUAGCAGUAUACAGAGAUGUGUUACCCGUUGUCACGUUUAUUAGAAAACCAAAAAAGAUUGGAAAGCGGUCCAUAAUUCCAAGACCUUUUUCUCUUGACGAAGCUAUUCGUGAAUUAGAUGAAAGUGAGUUGGAAGAAAUUCACACCAUCAUCAAUAACCCGGAGUUGUAUCUUUAGAGAAAGUGUUGAUGAUUAACACACAGAAAACACUGUGCGACGCAUACACGCAUGUAAGAUCACCGUCACGCUGUGAUAUGGCACGCAAAAUUAUCGACGUUUCGGACUCGUAACCGUAACUUUAUCGCACACUCAGCGAAGGCGUUAUAUCACGUACACAACCACUAACUGGCUUCACCCGACAUAAAACGUUAAUUGGAGGUGAAGCAUGAUAUCAAUAGCUCGAAUAGUAUUUGUUGAGUAUGUGCCUCGGUGAUCUUUUAGUACAUGAACAGUUUAAGACACUUAAUGAUAGAGCCAGCAACUUUUUCUUUUGUAUUUGUUUUGUUUUAAAGACGAUAUUAUGUAUAUUUGUUUGAUUUUUGUACACAAUCGAUUGAUUAUAAA